UGGCUGCCAAAAUUUCCAUCCCCUUCUUAGCAAAGUUUCUGUGCACGCAUGGAAAGAAAGCCCAAAAGAGAAAGAGCGCUAAAAACUCCUCUUCCAGAUUGUUACCAUGAUUCGGCGAUGAUAUGAUCUACACAGCACACGCACAGCGCAGCAACGCGGAGGGAUUCCGGAUGAGGAAAGCGCUCGCUAGCAGCCGCUGGUGGCACUGGCGCUGGCGAUCCCUCUCUGCGCUGCUGCUGUGGAUGAUCAUCGUCGCGGCCUCCGGAUCCACCGAGAAUCCAUGGGGCGAGCGGGAGCGAUGCGAGGCGCUGGUGCGGCGGUGGGCCGGGCAGGAGAUUUGGAACAUGGAGGAGGAGAGCGGCAUGGAUUUGGACGGCAGCCGCAAGUGGGAGCUCCAGGAUUUGCUCUUCUUUCUCCAUGUUCCACGCACUGGAGGCCGCAACUACAACCAGUGCUUUCUAAAGAACAUGUUCUCCUCAGAAGAGCUAUGCCCUCGUUCUUACGACAAGCUUAGAAUGGAUCUCAGCAAACCAAACUGUAGCUUGCUAUCAACUCACGACGACUACAGCAUUCUCUCGAUGCUUCCCAAGGCAAGGACGUCGACCAUCACCAACAUUCGCGAUCCCAUGAACCGAGUUUUGAGCUCGUACGAGUUCUCCGUGGAAGUUGCCGCAAGGUUUCUUAGGCGAACGCGAUCUAUGCUGAGGAGGAUUGGUCCCAAGACUCAAAAGGCAAUGAGCACCCUGGACAUUUGGCCGUGGAAGUAUCUGGUUCCUCUCCUCCAGCGCGACCUCUUUGAGCGGCGAGAUUUGAGAGCCGCGCAUUUGGUCGAGCAACCACAAAAGCCUGCCAAUGUUUACGACGUGCCUGCAUUUGUCAUGCCUUUGAAGGAGUUUGUGGAUCAUCCCGCGGUUCAUGAAUUGGUUCACAACGGACAGACCUUCCAGGUCGCCGGAAUCACGAACAACUCGUACCUAAAAGAAGCGAACGAUAUCCGGUACUGUGUCACGCAGUUCGAGGAGCUUGGCGAGCAUGUCCUUCACGUCGCAAAGAGGCGGCUUAACGGAAUGCUAUACGUUGGUCUCACUGAAAGACAUAAGGAAUCAGCGGAGAUCCUUGUGCAUCUCGUUGGGCGCCAAAUUGCGACCAGGAACCUCCACAAAGAGACUUCUUCCACAGCAAAACAAACAGCUACAUAUCCUGACUAUGGACUUAAUAUGAACCUUACUGCAGGAAACGAUACCUCCUACGGGGACUUCAUAUCUCACAUGGUCACCUCUUACGAGCAGUGCUCAUCGUCUCUCAGGAAUGCUCAGGUCCAACGCCGGAUCAUGUCCCUGGAAACGAUUGCACCCGUCAACUUCUCCAAGGAGGCGAGGAAGACGAUUCCAGGUGAUACAGUCGCGCGAAUACUGCAGCUCAAUAGCUUGGACUUUGAGCUGUACCAGCACGCCAAGCAGCUCUUCCAACUGGAACAGGAAUUUCUCAAGAACCACGCGGACGAGCUGGAGACGUUUGAGCCCGAUGGAAGACAUGGAUUGGAAGAGCACAUUACUUCUUUACAAGCAACCGGCAUUGUUGGAUCAAGAGACGCGGCGGCCUACGUUCUUGAGGUGGACCGCAACAGGCUGGGAGUGACCAGGGACGCGGCAAUCUUCAUCCUGGGAUGUUCUGUAGUGCUCAGCGCUCUUGGCAUCUACUCUCUCGUAAAUUUUCUGUCCAGGAGUGCAAGAGCAAAAUCUAGAGGUGCUACCGCUCUCCAGAGAAAGUGACAAGUAGCCAGUGCAAGCAACUACAAGCUCCAGUUUUGUAAAAAUCUGCUGUUGUAAGUAAUGAGAUAAAACGCGCAUGAAAUGGAAGAAGUAUACUACUCUCA